AUGGCGACGGCCUUGAGCGAGGAGGAGCUGGACAAUGAAGACUAUUACUCGUUGCUGAACGUCCGCAGGGAGGCCUCUUGUGAAGAGCUGAAAGCAGCCUACCGGCGGCUGUGUAUGCUUUACCACCCGGACAAGCACAGAGACCCAGAGCUCAAAUCGCAGGCCGAGCGACUGUUUAACCUCGUUCACCAGGCUUAUGAAGUGCUCAGUGACCCCCAGACCAGGGCCAUCUACGACAUCUAUGGCAAGAGAGGACUGGAGAUGGAAGGCUGGGAGGUUGUGGAAAGGAGGAGGACGCCAGCCGAGAUCAGAGAAGAGUUUGAGCGGCUGCAGCGCGAGAGGGAGGAGAGGCGACUGCAGCAACGCACCAACCCCAAGGGGACCAUCAGCGUUGGCAUCGAUGCCACUGACCUUUUUGAUCGCUACGAGGAGGAGUAUGAGGAUGUGUCCGGAAGCGGCUUUCCACAGAUUGAAAUUAACAAGAUGCACAUAUCACAGUCCAUUGAGGCACCCCUGACAGCUUCAGACACAGCCAUCCUCUCUGGAAGCCUCUCAACCCAGAAUGGGAAUGGAGGGGGUUCCAUUAACUUCGCACUCAGACGAGUCACUUCUGCAAAGGGCUGGGGAGAGUUAGAAUUUGGAGCUGGGGAUCUGCAGGGGCCUUUAUUUGGCCUGAAGCUGUUCCGUAAUCUCACACCAAGAUGCUUUGUGACGACACACUGUGCCCUGCAGUUUUCGUCCCGCGGCAUCCGGCCAGGCCUCACCACCGUCCUGGCCCGGAACCUGGACAAGAAUACUGUGGGCUACCUGCAGUGGCGCUGGGGUGUCCAGUCAGCCAUGAACACCAGCAUCGUCCGGGACACCAAGACCAGCCACUUCACCGUGGCCCUGCAGCUUGGAAUCCCUCACUCCUUCGCACUCAUCAGCUAUCAGCACAAAUUCCAGGAUGACGACCAGACGCGAGUGAAGGGGUCCCUGAAGGCCGGCUUCUUUGGGACGGUGGUGGAGUACGGAGCAGAAAGGAAGAUCUCCAGGCACAGCGUCCUCGGGGCAGCUGUCAGCAUUGGAGUCCCGCAGGGAGUUUCCCUCAAAAUCAAGUUAAAUAGGGCCAGUCAGACCUACUUCUUCCCCAUUCACCUGACAGACCAGCUGCUGCCCAGUGCCGUGUUCUAUGCCACCGUGGGGCCGCUCGUGCUGUACUUCGCCCUGCACCGCCUGGUCAUCAAACCCUACCUCAGGGCUCAGAAGGAGAAGGAACUGGAGAAGCAGAGGGAAAGCACAGCCACUGACAUCCUGCAGAAGAAACAGGAGGCAGAAGCCGCGGUUCGGUUGAUGCAGGAAUCUGUCCGAAGAAUAAUCGAGGCUGAAGAGUCCAGAAUGGGGCUCAUCAUCGUCAACGCCUGGUACGGGAAAUUUGUCAAUGACAAGAGCAAGAAGAGCGAGAAGGUGAAGGUGAUUGAUGUGACCGUGCCCCUGCAGUGUCUGGUGAAGGACUCCAAGCUCAUCCUCACUGAGGCCUCCAAGGCUGGGCUGCCCGGCUUCUAUGACCCGUGUGUGGGUGAAGAGAAGAACCUCAAAGUGCUUUACCAGUUCCGUGGGGUCCUACAUCAGGUGAUGGCGCUCGACAGCGAGGCACUCAGGAUACCAAAGCAGUCUCACAGAAUUGAUACUGAUGGAUAA